AUGGGCGCUAUUAGUAGACUUUCUGUACUCACUGCAUUGCUUCCCUUAGUCUCCUGCUGGCUCCCUCAGACCAACAAGCAGAUCACUUCCAGCAAUGGCACGAACCUGUUCUCGUCGUCGAAUGGCAAGAUCCGCGGCGUGAAUCUUGGAUCGCAGUUUAUCUUCGAGCCAUGGCUUGGCGAGAGUGCUUGGAGUGAUAUGGGUUGCGGCAAUACUGGUUGCGAGUUCGACUGCGUGAAGUCUCUUGGACAAGAGGCUGCGGACAAGGCUUUCCAGAACCACUGGGGGUCGUGGAUCACACAUGACGAUAUUACCGAAAUGGUCAGCUACGGCAUCAACACUAUCCGGGUUCCUGUCGGUUACUGGAUGCGCGAGGACCUCGUCAACCGCAACUCCGAGUACUUUCCCCAAGGAGGUCUUCGGUAUUUGAGGAAUCUUUGUGGAUGGGCCAGCGAUGCUGGUCUAUACAUCAUCAUGGGUCUACAUGGAGCCCCAGGGGCGCAGGUCUCCGAAAAUGCCUUCACUGGCCAACUGGUCGAGACACCGGGCUUCUACAACACAUACAACUACCAAAGGGCCCUGCGGUUUCUCGAGUGGAUGACCAAGCUAAUCCAUUCGACAAACGAGUUCCGCAAUGUUGGCAUGCUGGAGAUUGUCAACGAGCCUGUCUCAGACAGCGACGACGCCACAUCCAUGCGCAAGAACUACUAUCCUAGCGCGGUCAACCGUAUUCGAGGCGCAGAAAGCAAUCUAACAAUAAGCAACAACGACCAUCUCCACAUUCAAAUGAUGGAUGAACUUUGGGGAUCGGGGGACCCGAAUCAGUACCUCAGCAAUCUCCAUUUCCUAGCAUAUGACGACCACAGAUACCUAAAGUGGGAUACCAGUGUUCCUGCCACGCACAGUAGCUAUCUCAACACCUCCUGCAGUGACGAGCGCAACAGUAACUGGCCGACCAUUGUGGGAGAGUGGAGCUUGGCCGUGCCGGACAAAGUGCAGUCUUCGCCGAACUGGGAUCCAUCUUCCAACAUGAAAUUUUACUCCAAGUGGUUUGCAGCGCAAGUCCAUGCAUAUGAGAAGCAGCAGGGUUGGGUGUUUUGGGCGUGGAAGUCUCAGUUGAAUGAUUAUCGCUGGACAUAUCAGGAUGCUGUGAAGGCGGGUGUGAUUCCCAAAGAUCUGAACUCUCUUCAAGAUCCGUGUGUUUGA